CAUUUUAGAUGUAUCUUUUUCCUCUGUGAUCUUCAGGACAAGACUCAAGAGACCUCUGGAGAAGAAGUUUUGGGUGAGCCACAUCCACAGGAGAUGAGUGAUCAGGCCCAGGAUCAAGAUGAUAGUGAUAACAUUUCUGCAGCCCCUGUGCCUGACUCCACUAGCCCUGCUGACACACAGCUGAUGCAGCAGAGCUCGGAGAACCCCCUGCAGCAUCUGCUCUUCAAAAGAACGCUCCUGUCCAUCUGGAAGAUGAUAGCCAGUCACAGGUACAGCAGCCCAUUCCUGAAGGCGGUGUCAGAGAAACAAGCCCCUGGGUAUAGGGAUGUGGUAAAGAGACCCAUGGAUUUAACCAGCAUAAAGAGAAGACUGUCAAAGGGACAAAUUCAGUCCAUGGUCGAGUUCCAGCGUGACCUCAUGCUCAUGUUCCAGAACGCAGUGAUGUACAACAGCUUCACCCACCACGUGCACCACAUGGCCAUAGAGAUGCAGCGAGAGGUGUUGGAGCAGCUGCAGAUGUUGGGUGAAGCCCUGCUGUGCUCAAAGGACAGGCUGGGGUGGGGGAAAAGGUAACAGGGCACAUAGGAGCCCUGUUUGUUUUGGAACAGUGUUGUCCCCAUUGCGCAGGAGGUCUGCUGGUGCUCAGGGGCUGUGCUGACACUGCAGCAAGACUAGUUAUCCCCCAGGGGUGGCUUAUCCCCCUUUGUUCCCAGGUUGAUGGGAAGAGGAACAAAAUGGUUUCUAGAACGGGCAUGGAAGGGGCCUCCUUUCUCCCCUGGCAAAAGCAGCAGCACAGCGCUGCAGUGGGAAAUAGAUUCCCUGGGAUGACAAAAGAAGGGAGGGGGGAAAAUCCUCUUUCGUGACGAGCUGGGAUGCG